AUGUUGCUGUACAACAAGCAGAAGAAGAGAGAGAUCGUCAAGGGAAACCGAAUCCUAAUCAGCGUCACGUUUCUGGGUAGCGCCGGUCCGAUCCGGUUCGUGGCCAACGAAGGAGAUCUCGUCGCUUCUGUGAUCGACACUGCUCUUAAAUGCUACGCUCGAGAAGGCCGGCUUCCGAUUCUCGGAUCUGAUUUCAACGACUUCCUUUUCUAUUGCCCCAUGAUUGGACCUGGAGCUCUAAGUCCAUGGGAAGCAAUUGGGUUGCUGGGAGCGAGGAACUUCAUGCUGUGUAAGAAACCAGAGGAGAAGAAGGUGGAGGAAGACGAUGGAAGAUCGAAUUUCCCUAUUAAUGGAGCAAGAAAAAGAGCUGGUGGAAGCUUUAAGGCCUGGAUUAACAAAUCUUUCAGUCUUAAAGUGACCACUCAUUAG